CCGGAGCAAUGCAAUCGACUACAAGUGAAGCAACACAAACCACUACAAAUGAAACCCCUCAAUCAACAACUGAAGCAACACAAACCACUUCAAUUGGGGAAACACAAUCAACUUCAGUUGGAACAUCACAAUCAACCACAGCCGGAGCAACACAAUCAGCUACAGUUGGAGCAUCACAAUCAUCUACAACCGGUGCAACACAAUCGACUACAGUUGGAGCAUCACAAUCGUCUACAGCCGGAGCAACACAAUCAACUACAAGUGAAGCAACACAAACCACUAGAGCCCCUACCACAAUUACAACUACUCUAGCCACCACAACAACCAUUCCCACUACAACCACCACCACAACUACAACUAGACCACCAUCCCGUCCCGCUCCUACUAUUGAGAUUCGUGCUGUCCUCCUCAUAUUAUUUCAGUCAGCUCUUGCCAACACCGGGAGCCCAGAGUUCCAGCAACAAGCAGCAGAGGUUGAAAAUGCAUGUGAUGUGAUCUAUCAACAACGUUUUGGAUCACGGUUUGUGCGGACCAUUGUGAGACAAUUCAGGCUGGUUACUCGAUUCAGAACAGAUGAAGUUGAGACAGAUGUUGACGUUGUGUUCAACGAGACUUCAAUUGAGCCCCUCCCUACAAGCUCUGCUGUUGCUGAAGCCCUGGCUAUCGCUGUAAAUGAUUCAAAUUCAGGCAUCAAUCUUUCUGUGGUUCCUGGAUCCAUAUUUGUGACAAGUGAACCCAAAUCAACAGCCAUUGUCCAGUUCCGUACCAAUGACACAUUUAUUGCUGACCUUUUGAAUUCCACUUCGGGGGCCUUCAGUAAAAGAUCCUCACUCAUUAAAAGAGAGCUUGAGCCAUUUUUCUUUGAAGACUACCAACCUGAUUUCAUCAGCCUCACACCAACAAGCUUCAGCAAUGGAUCAAUUAUCCAUGAGGCGAACAUGACCAUAACCUCCGACGCAACGUUCCCCAAUGAUACACAGAUUAUAGCCACCCUGACUAGAGCUGCAUUGAGUGGAAACUUGUCAUUUACCAUCAUCUUCAUCGACGGCACAGCUGUGUCAGCGGGUGAAGUCAGCAGCAGUGUUAACCUCCUGAGUGCCUGUGGGCUCACCCUCUUAUCACUCCUUGCGGCUCAGCCCUGGUAAACACCGAGAUCUCUCACCUUUAACCUUGCAUUGUGGACUGUCCCCAUGAAGAGGAAAUGUUUGAUGGAUCUAAUUCCACCACCAAAACAGAUGAUAAAUUAUGAUUUGUGUUCUGAUUAUUGCUGAUUACUGUCUGUGAUCAUAACCUAUUAAUUUAUAUAUUUAUUUAAAUAUAAAUUUAGUUAUCAAACAAUUCAAUUGUUGGAGGAAAAAUAAACCAUGUCUGUUUU